AUGGAUGCGGCUGAUCAUCUCAACUUUUCAUAUUGUCUUCCAUCUUAUGAUUUUUCGUCAAUUCAACACCAUUCUCUACCAUUAGUCCCUGGCUCGCCCAUGUCGUGGUUCAAAGUCAAAGUUCUUGGGAGAGGAUCGUAUGGAACCGUGCACUUGGCGAUAUCCACAAGCACUACUGGUUCUUCUUCUUCUGGGUUUUUCGCAGUGAAGUCAGCUGUUGUUGAGCACUUUGAUUCACUUAUGAAGGAGAUAGAGAUUCUCAAAGAAUUUAUUAACUGUCCCAAAAUUGUUCGUGGUUUGGGAUUUGAGCUCACCUUUGAACAUGGCUUAUUGCUCUAUAAUUUAUUUAUGGAACCUGAGAACAUUCUUGUUUUUUCUUCUCCAGACGGUGGAAGCAGCCUAAAGAUCACCGACUUUGGGCUAUCCAAGAUUCCUGGGGAUUUGGAUGAGCUCAUGACAAAAAGCUUUGGCUUCCGAGGAACACCUGUUUAUCUGUCCCCUGAAUCUUUACUACAAGGUGAAAUUCAAGCUUGUUUAGAUAUCUGGUCUCUGGGUUGCGUAGUGGUUGAGAUGAUUAGCGGAAAGUGGGCGUGGGACUGCACAGGUGGCAGGGAGGAAUUGGCGAUUGAAAUUGCUACGGAGUCACCCAAGAUACCUGAAAAUAUGUCUCAGACUGGGAAGGACUUCUUGCGGAGGUGUUUUGAAAGGGACCCAAGAGACAGAUGGACGGUUGAGAUGCUACUGCAUCAUCCUUUUCUCCUUGAGACUGAAGGCCCGCCAUCAUCUACAAGAUCGAACCGGCCUGCUUGGUUCUUCUGUACGCAUCAAAGAAGUUGCGUCCUCCUCUUGGGUUUGAAUCAAUUUCAAAGAAACCCCCAUUGCUUCAAAAAAUUAUGCCUCCUCCUCCUGGGUUUCCUCCCAGAAGCAUCCUUACAUGACUGUGAUCAAUCAAUAUUGUCGCAAGUUUGGUGGGAUUAACUGAAGCACAUGUACAGUACUAGACUAACUUAUGAGUGUGUUCUUUAC